AUGUCAAAUACUCGCGUUACAAUCGACCCCAAUGGUGACACUCUAGUCAUCCUUGCAACCAAGCAGGACCCUCCUCCCACCAAAGAACCCACCGAACCUGCUGGCACCACUGAAUCAGAAUCACCGACAUUCAUCGAGAAACAUUUUCUCUGUUCUCAGAAGCACCUGACACUUGCAUCGCGUCGUGCUUCUAAGUUGUUUUCAAGCGGCUUCAAAGAAGCUUCAAAGCAUGACGAUGGUCUUUAUCAUUGGAACUUUGGAGAUGUUUUCGAUGUGCAAGCCUUUGCGGUGGUCUUAAAAAUCAUACAUGGAAAAACCCGCGGAGUUCCUCAAACUGCUGAGUUAGAUCUUCUAUCAGAAAUCGCUUCUAUUGUUGAUGAUCUGGAGUGCUAUGAUGCACUUUCGUUCUGUACUGAAAGUUGGCUUCGGCCAUACAUUUCGCCGUUUUAUCCCUUGCCAGAAAAAAUGGAUAAGUCACUGGCACAACUUAUUCUUGUUUCUUUUGUGUUUGCGAAUAAAUCUAUCUUUCGAAAUUGUACACAAAGAGCUGCUCGGUAUACCUGCGAGGGCAUGCCUACAUUUGAUCUGCCAAUCCGCGCAGAUAUUCCAAGACGCAUUGAAGAAAGCAGGACAGAGGUCCUGCAGUACCUAGUUGAUGGAUUAUAUAAGGUUCACGAUGACCUUCUUCAGCGGAAGCUGGGAUGUAGUGAAGGUUGUAGAGCUUUGCUCCUAGGAUCUUUGCUUCAAGUCAUGACAGCAGCCGGCCUGUACCCACGACCCGAAUCUCCCUUUUACUCGCUUAGACUCGACUCGAUUAUCAGUUCUCUGCGCGACAUGCAGCCAUCGAUUUAUGACAGUUCGGUAACAGGGGGGCUCGCAGGAAAACAUUCGGGUACAUGGCUACUGCAUGAGCAUCCAACAUCUCCACCUGCUUCCCAGUCGAAUACUGCUACUACUCAAUCAACUUCAAUACCUUUUGGGUCGAGUUUAUCAGGUUUCACUACCUCCACUACGGCUCAAAAUACCUCCGAUCCACGUCCAGCUCCUGGUGGACUCUUUGGUGCUGCUAGAGUUGACCCCGUGCCUACGGGGUUCGGCAAUUCAAAUACCUCCCGGACAACCGGUGGAACUUUUGGUACAGGCACAAUACUUCGGCCUAGGCUUACCCCGGUAGCUCCUUCCGGAGGACUUUUUGGGGCAAGAAACGUGUCUCAAGUAAGCGCUCCGUGUGGUUCAAACCAUACUAAGAACGAAGACGCGCCCAAGAAGCUUGUUCAACAUAGCUGUUCUCUGAAGAGUUUUAUCGACCCUCUAUUGCUUGAUGCAGAGACUAAGAUCCAAGGGUUAGAAUUAGAUGACUUUCCUCAACCAUAG